AUGGACGGAGUCUUCAUCAUCGAGCCUUCCAGGCCACCCCACACGCACACAGUCGUGUUCCUGCAUGGCCGCGGCGACAAUGCACGCAGCUUCGCGGCCUCUCUUGUGAACUCGAAAGACUCGCACAGCCGUUCCCUCUUUGAGGCCUUCCCAUCCUUGCGCUGGGUCUUCCCUCAGGCUCCUAUGCGCCAGUGCGCCAGUUCCUUGAAUACUACGUGGCCGCAGUGGUUCGACGUCUGGGACACCUCCAACUUCGCGGAUCGUGAAGAGCUACAGGCAGUGGGUUUAAGGGAGGCUGUCACGGCCAUCCGCGAGUUGAUGGCCACGGAAGUGGCACGGUUGGGUGGCCGUUGGGACCGUUUGGUGCUGGCGGGGAUCAGCAUGGGCGGCGCCACGAGCAUACACACGAUGUUCAACUUGGACAUACCGACUGCAGCAGGAGGAAAGCUCGGAGCAUUUCUCGGUUUCUCAUGCCGAUGCCCCUUUGACGGCAGGUCCCUCGCCGGAAUGAGAAGGACCCUAAGUUUGGAGAAAGUCCCGGAUCACGACCAUGUCCUCCGCAACACGCCCAUGCUUCUUGAGCACUGCGUCGAUGAUCCGUUGGUCUUAGUUCAGAACGGCCGCAGCCUAAGAGAGACACUUCACCGUUUUGGAGCACAUGUCUUAUGGAAGGAGUAUCCGAAUGGAGGGCAUUGGUUUAGCGCACCCCAUGGAAUUGACGAUGUAGUGGCCUUUUUGGACGAACAUGUAGUGAAGAAGGACAGCUCUCUGGCGAACCAGCAGUCUACGCCUGGUGCGAUGGAUUUAACAUAA